UCAAAGCCUUGUGACCAUCAUAGUACCGGUCUGCUUUGGCAUUAUAGCUUUGACCGGUUUCUUCGGCAAUACUUUAGUAAUACUUGUGGUUUUGUUUAACAAGAAAAUGCAUUCAACUACAAAUCUUUUAAUAGUCAAUCUGGCAGUGGCUGAUUUACUAUUUGUCGUGUUAUGUAUUCCCUUCACCGGUACCGAUUAUGUUAUGGAGAAUUGGCCAUUCGGUGAUACUUGGUGUCGAAUAGUUCAUUAUUUGAUUGUUGUAACCGCUUUAGCCAGUAUUUAUACAUUAGUUUUGAUGUCUGUUGAUCGGUUUCUGGCUGUUGUUCACCCAAUACGUUCGCGAAUUUUACGCUCCAAGAAAGUUAUCAAAAUUUCAUGUGUUAUCAUAUUAUGGAUCGCGAUUGUGACUAUCACUGCGCCGGUAAUCAUGCUACAUGGAACUGUGAAAUACAAACCUCUCGGCGUCACUAUGGUCACCUGCUGCUUUAAGAAUUCCAACAGUUUUCUAUCCGUGGCCGAUUAUCAAAUAACGUUUUUUGCUGGCUCGUAUUUAUUCCCAUUAAUGACGAUUAGCGGACUCUAUUUACGAAUGAUUACGCGUCUAUGGCGGCAAGGCGGCGACAUACGUAUGUCUGUAGAAUCACAACGCGGUCGUAAACGUGUAACAAGACUUGUUGUAGUCCUGGUUAUAACAUUUGCAUUAUUAUGGCUCCCAAUACAACUGAUACUGCUGCUAAAAGCAUUGAAUUUGUAUCAUGCAACCACUAAAUUAAAAGUGGUUCUACAGAUUGUCGCCCAAUUAUUAGCUUACACUAGUUCGUGCAUUAAUCCGGUUCUCUAUGCCUUUCUGUCGGACAAUUUUCGUAAAGCAUUUCACAAGGCCAUAAAUUGUUCGAAACAGGAGAAGUGUGUCUCAACCACUUUGCCACCACUGCGAAAGACUUCAUGUUCGAGAACAUCAACAACAGGAGUGUAAAUCUAUUUAUGUAUUAUUAUUAUUAUUAUAUAUGAAUGCAUCAUGCAUGCUUUUAGCGUU